UGGUGCCCGUGCCCGGUGCUCGGUGCCCGUUCCCGGUGCCAUGGCGUACCGCGAGCUGGUGCGGCGCUGGCACGAGGCCGUGAGGGCGGCGGACCGCGGGCACUGGGACGCUGCCCUGGACGCCUUCGGCGGCAUCGCGGAGCCUCCGGCCAGGAUCUGCUUCAACGUGGGCUGCGUGCAGCUGCUGGCCGGGCGGCCCGAGGCGGCCCUCAGGGCAUUCAAUAAAACCAUUGAGAAGGACAAUUCCCUGGCAGUGGGAUACUUCCAGAGAGGGUUUGUCCACCUGCAGCUGGAAAUGUAUGAAGAAGCUCUCUCUGAUUAUCACAUGGCCUUCAGUCACCUAAGACAAAAUCCCUUCAUUGAUUACAAGCAGCUGGGGCUGAGGCACAUCCUCUAUGCCUGGGAGGUGCUGUACAGCACUGCAGCAGUGCAGUGCCACCUGCAGCAGUGGCAGGAGGCCAGAGUCACCCUAGAGAAAGCUGUUGUGUGGAGACCUGAAAGAAGAGCAGCAGUCCUAGAGCUGGCCCUCGAGAGGGUGCAGGACCACCUGUUUUUAGAGCCCAUGCUGGUUCCUCUCGGGGAACUUUUCAGACCACGAAAGAAGGAAGUUGAGCAGCUGGAUUCAAAAGAUUUCCUGGGUAAACCCAAGGUGAUCUCAUCCAUCAUUCCCAACGAUGAGUACAUUGGCUUUGAGCCUCUCAGGCCUCAGAAACAGGGCUUUUAUGAACCCAGUGCCGAUGCUCUGCGGGAUGCUGAUUCCGGCUACCACCGAGUGCUGUCCCAGUACCGGCCCCAGGAGCCCGCGGGGACGGAGCUGCCGGCCGGGAGCCUCUUGUUUGUGCUGAGCAGGACAGCAGACGGCUGGGCCACAGCCAUCCACGAUGGGCAGAAGCUGCACAUCCCGAGCUCUCUCCUGGAGCCUGCCUCAAGGAUGGAUAAGUGGAAGAUCAACACUGGGAUUCCCCUUCCUCCUGCCCAGGUGCCUCCCAGCUGCCUCCAUGUGAAGCAGAAGCCAGAUCCUCCUGGGGAAGAAAAUGCCUCUGCCAAUGAUGCCAAUGCCCACACGGACUCCAAGGUGGCCCCGGGCUGCGGGGAGCCCACGGCGCGGCCGGCGGUGCUGCGGCUGCGCUGCGAGUGCUCGCUGGUGCUGCGGGCGGUGCCAUUUCUGCCUGCUGAGCUUUUGGGGUGGCCCUAUGUCACUGUGCAAGGGGACAAGCUCAGAGCUGGCCUGCAAACAGGUGUGAAGAUUGAGGGUGGCAGAGGGCUGGGCUUGCAUCCAAAUUUGGCUUUAAAGGAGAUGAUUUGCUCAGUAUUAAUGAACUCUUGCAGCUACAGGCUCCUGGAUGGCACAGAGCUGGGGACAGUGUCAGGACAGGAAGACCUGGGGAAGGUGUGGCAGCAGCUGAUGGACGGCAGGCUGACACUCUGCUGCCAGGAUUCCGACUCCCACUUGGGCAGACCUGUUCUCUACCAGAUGCUGGCUCAGCACUCUUACCUGGCACAGGGACCAGGGGACCUGGAGUUCAGCAAGGGAGAUGUGCUGGAUAUCCUCUCUGAAGUAAACAAGGACUGGCUGGAAGGACGCUGCAAUGGCAAGACUGGUAUCUUCCCCAAAUGCUUUGCCACCCAGACCAGCUGUGAUGCUGCCUUCCUCUAGCAAGCAGGAGCCUUUUCCUGCCUGACUGCACCCCUAGGGGUGGAAACACUGGUCCCAGCUCAUUUGGGCCUCAGCCAGCACAGCCAGAAGCUCUGCCAUACCUGGACAGGGGAUAUCUCCCACUCAGAUCGAUGGGGACAGUUCCAGUGAUGGCAUUUCCUCCAGCCUGUUCCCUGACCUCAUGCUUACACUGCCAAAUAUGUGUGUGUGCAGAGCAGAGAGCGAGGAAGAGAGCUCUGGGGUUUGCCUGUGGCCUGGAAAUUGUCCAUGUGGCAGCUCAGUCUUCUGGGUAGGAAGAGGUUCCCCUGCAUGGGAAGAGUUUCCCCUGGCUGGAAGUCUUUACCCCUUCUCCCUUGUUGCUUCUGUUGGGGCUGUGGAGGCUGAGCCCCACUUCUGAAGCCAAGGGUGGCUGGCUGGGAGAAGGGGUAGAGCCUGUUCCCCAGGCUCUCGGGUCACAUAACCUUAUCUCCACCAGCCAGAGAUGCUGCUCUUUCAAAAGGCUUUUGGAACCAGUUUGCAGUGGGAUUAAUGGGAUAACACCAUGAGUUAGUCUUAGUCUUAGUCUUCCAUAGCAAAUAGUCUAUGGACCUGACCAUUCCUUGGCCAGAUGCCUCUGGCACUUUUCUUA